UGAUAUUUCUCACCAUGUUGAGGUUUAUGUGUGAUUUUUUAGGUCAUGUAUGUCUUUUCAUCAUUUUUCCUGAAGUCACCUUCGUGAGACGGUGCUCAGUUAACCUAAUCUCCAGUUCUCAUUCUUCCUGUAAAAUAUGUACCACAUCACCCAGCAUCCUCGCUAGGUGGGCCACUGCAAAUUCACUAGCAUUCAUGUUGUUAUUGACCAAAUUACUCAAUGUCCUCUAGGUGCCCAUUCUUCUAUUUUGGGCAGUGAUACAGAGGAAAGGAGUCAAGUUCUUUGAGUACAGAUAAUACGUAUUUCAGGUUGGUUUUGUCAUUUGUUGCGAUUGAGACAACAGUUCCAUUUGACUAUCCAUGGGAAGUCUUUGAAAUUUUCCAGGCAUCUGAAUUUUUCAGCUAGAUGAGGUGGAAAUUGGCAUUGAAGGAUCUAAAUCAUCAGGUAGGGUAAAAUCUCAUGUUUCGUGUGAAUUAGUCUAUUGGAUUGGAACUUGUAAACACAGAAGUCGUGGAUUUGGAUAGAAAGUCCUGAAAAACAAAUACCAUAAAAUAAUGAUGUCAUGAUAAAAUCCUUUGUCAAAACAAACAAAAAUGCUCAUGGUAAGAUUUAAUGUAAUGAAGUACUUGAUGCUUGAAGAAAUUAAUUUUAAGGAAACCUAGUUUUCUGGAGUCAGAUGCGUGAGUCAGAUGCGCUAUUGUUGCACCACGAGGUCACAGGAAACCUAGUUUUCUAAAAUUGAGAAUCUGUACCAUAUUUUGCAUAAAACAUCUCUUGAUUAAAAGUUUAAAUUCUCUUCCAAGUCAAAAUAUUCCUCAGUUAACACACAUUGAUUAAGAAGUUAGGAGGCAGAUACCACCAGGUAUGUGCAUAAUAAUGAUUUAGUUUAACAGAAAAACAUUAUUAUUUUGUCAUUUUCAAAAAGGUCAGAUACCUAAGAAAUGUCCCAGAACAUGCAGAAAGUUUUGUUUGUGUUUCAAGCUUCUUCAAAAAUAUGUAUAAAUUCUGCUUCAUUCCCCUCCCUGAUAGCAUAGAUUUCUGGUCUGUGUGCUAUUUAUAUUGCUCUUCAGCUGCAAUGCAGUCCUUCAUCUCCUCCACUCCAUUUUCGUUUUUUUCUUUUCUUUUCUUUUUUUUUGAGAUGGAGUUUCGCUCUUGUUGCCCAGGCUGGAGUGCAAUGGAGCAUUCUCAGGUCACCGCAACCUCUGCCUCCCAGGCUCAAGCGAUUCUCCUGCCUCAGCCUCCUGAGUAGCUGAGAUUACAGGCAUGUGCCACCACACUGGCUAAUUUUGUGGUUUUUUUAGUAGAGACAGGGUUUUUCCAUCUUGGUCAGGCUGGUCUUGAACUCCCGACCUCAGGUAAUCUGCCCGCCUCGGCCUCCCAAAGUUCUGGAAUUACAGGCAUGAGCCACCGCGCCCGGCCAUCCACUCCAUUUUCUUUUAAUUUUUUUGAGACGGAAUCUCGCUCUGUUGCCAGGCUGGAGUGCAGUGGCGCGAUCUCGGCUCACUACAACCUCCGCCUCCCAGGUUUAAGUGAUUCCCCUAUCUCAGCCUCCCGAGUAGCUGAGAGUGCAGGCAUGCGCUACCACACACAGCUAAUUUUUUGUAUUUUAGUAGAGACGGGGUUUCACCAUGCUGGCCAUGAUGGUCUUGAUCUCUUGACCUCAUGAUCCGCCCGCCUCGGUCUCCUAAAGUGCUGGGAUUAUAGGCGUGAGCCGCCGUGCCCGGCCCCUCCACUACAUUUUGUAAUUUCCCCAGUAAUACAUGGGUUUGCUGUUUCAGGGAUCAAUAACAUUUGGGGAUGUGGCCAUAGACUUCUCUCAUCAGGAGUGGGAAUAUCUCAACCUGGUUCAGAAGACCUUGUACCAGGAGGUGAUGAUGGAGAACUACGAUAACUUAGUCUCAUUGGCAGGACAUUCCAUAUCUAAGCCAGAUUUAAUCACCUUAUUGGAGCAAGGAAAAGAGCCAUGGAUGAUUGUGAGGGAAGAAACAAGAGGAGAGUGUACAGAUUUGGAUUCAAGAUGUGAAAUAAUCAGCGAUGGGAAAAUGAAGCUUUAUAGGAAACACUCAUCUGUUACUCUCCAUCAGAGAAUUCAUAAUGGACAGAAACCAUAUGAGUGUAAGGAAUGUCAGAAGGCCUUUAGUCAUCUUACAGAACUCAUGGUACAUCAAACAAUUCAUACUAGUGAGGAACCUGAUCAACGUGAAGAGUUUGGGAAGGCAUUUAGCCAUCUUACAGACCUUAGAGAGCAUCAGAAAAUUCAUGCUCGUGAGAAACCUUAUGAAUGUGAAGAAUGUGGGAAGGUCUUCAGUUACCCUGCAAACCUUGCUCAACAUGGGAAGGUUCAUGUUGAGAAACCCUAUGAAUGUACAGAGUGUGGGGAAGCUUUUAGGACUAGCCGUCAACUUACUGUACAUCAUAGAUUUCAUUAUGGUGAGAAACCCUAUGAAUGUAAGGAAUGUGGCAAGGCCUUUAGUGUGUAUGGACGACUUAGUCGACAUCAGAGUAUUCACACUGGUGAGAAGCCCUUUGAAUGUAACAAAUGUGGGAAGUCCUUUAGGCUCAAAGCAGGCCUUAAAGUACAUCAGAGUAUUCAUACUGGAAAGAAGCCACAUGAAUGUAAGGAAUGUGGAAAGGCCUUUCGUCAGUUUUCCCACCUUGUGGGUCAUAAAAGAAUUCAUACUGGAGAAAAACCCUAUGAAUGCAAGGAAUGUGGGAAGGGCUUUACAUGUAGGUAUCAACUUACCAUGCAUCAGAGAAUUUAUUCGGGGGAGAAACCUUAUGAAUGUAAAGAAAAUGGGGAGGCUUUUAGUAGUGGUCAUCAACUUUCUGCACCUCAUACAUUUGAAAGUGUUGAGAAACCUUAUAAGUGUGAGGAAUGUGGGAAAGCCUUUAGUGUGCAUGGACGACUUACUCGACAUCAGGGUAUUCAUAGUGGUAAGAAACCCUAUGAAUGUAACAAAUGUGGGAAGUCCUUUAGGCUCAAUUCAUCCCUUAAAAUACAUCAAAAUAUUCAUACCGGUGAGAAACCCUACAAAUGUAAGGAGUGUGGGAAGGCCUUCAGUCAGCGUGCACACCUUGCCCAUCAUAACAGAAUUCAUACUGGUUACAAACCCUUUGAAUGUAAAGAAUGCGGGAAGUCCUUUCGUUGUGCCUCAUAUCUUGUUAUACAUGAGAGAAUUCAUACGGGAGAGAAACCGUAUGUAUGUCAAGAGUGUGGGAAGGGUUUUAGUUAUAGCCAUAAACUCACUAUACACCACAGAGUUCAUACUGGUGAGAAACCUUAUGAAUGUAAGGAAUGUGGGAAGGCCUUUAGUGUAUCUGGACAACUUACUCAGCAUCUGAGUAUUCACAGUGGUAAGAAACCCUUUGAAUGCAACAAAUGUGGGAAGUCUUUUAGGUUCAUUUCUGUACUUAAAGCCCAUCAGAAUAUUCAUAGCGCUGAGAAACCCUACGAAUGUAAGGAAUGUGGCAAGGCCUUUCGUCAUGCCACAAGCCUCAUAUAUCAUGACCAAACUCAUGCUGGUGAAAAGUCCUAUGAAUGUAAAGAAUGUGGGGAAACUUUUAGUCAGGCUUCACAUCUUAUUAUACAUGAGAGAAUUCAUACCAGUGAUAAGCCCUAUGAAUGUAAAAGAUGUGGGAAGGCAUUUCGCUGUGCCUCAUAUCUUGUUAGACAUGAAAGGGUUCAUGCUGAUGGAAAUCCCUAUAUGUGUGAAGAGUGUGGGAAAGCUUUUAAUAGUAGCCAUGAACUUAGUAUACAUCAUAGAGUUCAUACUGGUGAGAAGCCCUUUAAAUGUAACAAAUGCAGAAGGUCCUUUAGGCUUAGAGCCAUCCUUGAAGUACAUCAGAGAAUUCAUAUUUGAUAGAGAAAUUGUAGCAUAUACAGGUAGUAAAGAAAGCACAUUGUGUCAAUGGAUUUAUCCCACUGAACAAUUUGAAUGAAGACAAUGUGGAAUGGCUUUGAUAUACAGUUCAGUUUUUUUUUUUUCUUUUUGAGACAGAGUCUCGCUCGACAUGUCGCCCAGGCUGGAGUGCAGUGGCGCGAUCUCGGCUCACUGCAAGCUCCGCCUCUCCCGGGUUCACGCCAUUCUCCUGCCUCAGCCUCUCCGAGUAGCUGGGACUACAGGCGCCCGCCACCACGCCCGGCUAAUUUUUUUGUAUUUUUAGUAGAGACGGGGUUUCACCGUGGUCUCGAUCUCCUGACCUUGUGAUCUGCCCGCCUUGGCCUCCCAAAGUGCUAGGAUUACAAGCGUGAGCCACCGUGCCCGGCCACAAUUCAGUUUUUAUUAGGCAUCAAUUUGUAUUGGUGUGAACUUUUCAAAAUGUAAAUAAUAUAUGCAGUUUCUUUGGUAUGACCUGUGUUAACUCAGAUUCAGAGAAUUUAUAAUGUAUUUUUUUAAUACAGAAAACUUUUCUGAUAUUCUUCUAGUUUUGGAUUGCCAAAUAUUCAUAGUAGAGGAAAACUGAGAGAACGUAGGAAACCAUUCUUUAUACUUGCAUGUAAACAGCUUCCAGCAACAAUCAUUUAUUGUUAAACCUGGGAAAAGCCAUUACACAGGAAACCUCUGUCGAUAUAAGCGAUGAUGAAAAAGGCUAUUUAGCCAUUCUGCAUAUUUAAUGCUCAUGAUCAACAUCUGCUUCUUAUAGCUGGGAUGAUAUGGGGGAAGAUAUUUAUCCCUUCUGGGGAUCAUAUAUAAAUGAUGAUAGUCGUACCUACAGUGUAGUACUGUUAGAAUUACAUGAGUUAGAUGUGGAGGUCAGAGUGGAAGCAGGUGUGAGAGGGUCCCACAGAAGAAAACAUGCCAAAGUGUUUGAGUCCGUCGGCAAGUUUGGCCUGGCUUUAGCUGUUGCAGGAGGCAUGGUGAACUCUGCCUUACAUAAUGUGGAUGCUGGGCACAGAGCUGUCAUCUGUGACCGAUUCCAUGGAGUACAGAACAUUGUACGGGAAGGGACUCACUUUCUCAUCCUAUGGGUACAAAAACCAAUUAUAUUUGACUGCUGUUUUCAACCACGUAAUGUGCCAGUCAUCACUGGUAGCAAAGAUUUACAGAAUGUCAACAUCACACUGUGCAUCCUCUUCCAGCCCGUCACUAGCCAGCUUCCUCGCAUCUUCCCCAGCGUCGGAGAGGACUAUGAUGAGCGUGUGCUGCCGUUCAUCACCACUGAGAUCCUCAAGUCACUGAUGGCUCGCUUUGAUGCUGGAGAACUAAUCACCCAGAGGGAGCUGGUCUCCAGCCAGGUGAGCAACGACCUUAUGGAGUGAGCAGCCACCUUUGGGCUUAUUCUGGAUGACGUGUCUUUGACACAUCUGACCUUCAUGAAGGAGUUAACAGAAGCGGUGGAAGCCAAACAGGUGGCCCCCCAGGAAGCAGAGAGGGCCAAAUUUGUGGUGGAAAAGGCUGAGCAGCAGAAAAAGGCGGCCAUCAUCUCUGCUGAGGGUGACUCCAAGGCAGCUGAGCUGAUCGCCAACUCACUGUCCACUGCAGGGGACAGCCUGAGUGAGCUGUGCAAGUUGGAAGCUGCAGAAGACAUCGCAUAUCAGCUCUCACGCUCUCGGAACAUCACCUGCCUGCCGCGGGGCAGUCCGUGCUCCUCCAGCUGCCCUAGUGAGGGUCCAGCCUACCUGCAACUGGGCCACAGCCUUGAUGAUUUGUAACACCACCUUCAUUCCCCCUCACCCCAGAAAUCACUGAAAUUUCAUGAUUGGCUUACAGUGAAGGAAAUAAAGGUAAAAUCACUUCAGAUCUCUAAAAAAAAGAAUUACAUGUGUUAGUACAUGAAAAAAUUAUGGGAAGCUACAUGAAAUAUACUGUUAUGUUCAAUAAA